GCGACCGGCUCUUCCACGCGCUCUUCUUCAAGAUGGCGGUCACCUACUCGCGCCUGUUCCCGCCUGCCUUCCGCCGCCUCUUUGAGUUCUUCGUUCUACUCAAGGCCCUGUUUGUACUCUUCGUGCUGGCGUACAUCCACAUUGUCUUCUCUCGGUCGCCCAUCAACUGCUUGGAGCAUGUUAGAGACCGAUGGCCACGGGAGGGCGUUCUGCGGGUGGAGGUGCGCCACAACUCGAGCCGGGCGCCAGUGGUCCUGCAGUUCUGUGAUGGUGGCCUUAGUGGCCUGGAGCUGGAGCCAGGGGGCCUGGAGCUGGAGGAGGAAGAGCUGACCAUGGACAUGUUCAACAACAGCUCCAUCAAGUUUGAGUUGGACAUUGAACCCAAGGUGUUCAAGCCACCAGGUGGCACAGAUGCCCUGAACGACAGCCAGGACUUCCCAUUCCCUGAGACGCCAACAAAAGUAUGGCCGCAGGAUGAGUAUAUCGUGGAAUACUCACUGGAAUAUGGCUUUCUGCGGCUGUCACAGGCCACGCGCCAGCGCCUGAGCAUCCCAGUCAUGGUGGUCACCCUAGAUCCCACACGGGACCAGUGCUUCGGGGACCGCUUUAGCCGCCUGUUGCUGGACGAGUUUCUGGGCUAUGAUGACAUCCUCAUGUCCAGUGUGAAGGGCCUGGCAGAGAAUGAGGAGAACAAGGGCUUUCUGAGGAAUGUGGUGUCUGGGGAGCACUACCGCUUUGUCAGCAUGUGGAUGGCACGCACAUCUUAUCUAGCCGCCUUUGUCAUCAUGGUCAUCUUUCCCCACUGGCCUCUUUGGUUUCCAGCAGGAAACGCACGCGCCGCUCUCGCUCUCGUUCUACCGCCCUACGCACCCGCCUCCAGCGCCCUGCACCCUCUGCUGCACGCAGUUGCUCCUCCUCGGGGCCGCUAGGACAGAGAGAAGGAAGUGCCCCCAUGCAGCCCACCUGGCCACCUGCCUGGCCUGUGACACACCCCACCCUGCCUCUCCCAGCCUCGUGCUCACCUGAUCUCCUGCUCCACCCUCUCCUGUUGCCCCACCGGUGUCCCGGUGUUGAGGGCUCGGUGGAUCUUCUAGAGACACAGACAAGUGUGUCAGUGGGCGCCUGGGAUGCUCCACCCACCCCACUCUGUCCCUGUCGACUCACCUGGCUCGUGUGAAGCCAGUACUGCAGCUUGUUGCCCCUGCGGAUGCGUGGCAACACCAGGCGGUAGAAGACAUGCUCACCCAGGGAGCUGAGGAGUGCGCUGCCCAGCCCGAGGCACAGCAGUACGAAGAGCCCCGAGAAGUGGUAGACCCCCAUCUGCAGCGUCUGUGGACGGCAGCAAGGUCCCCACAGGGCGUCAGGAUGUGGACCUCUGGGCAGGGCAGCUAGGCAGGGAAAUCUCGUGAAGGAAGGGGUGCUGGGGCUGUGUAGGGCAAGCAGGAAUGCUCACGGUAGCUCCCCACCCUGUUCCCCGAGCGCCUGCCCACCUCCGUCACGGCGAACACCCGCUUCCCGCAAGGUACCAUCUUGUACCACUUGUCGUGGAGCAGGUCAAUGAAGCCUGAGGACUUAUAGCGACUGAUGAACUCCGACAGGUUGGAGGUGAGCGGAGAGUUCUGGGGCAGCCCUAUGCCGUAGCCUGGAGAGGUUGAACCGGUGGGAAGUGGCUCCACUAGAGCUGCAUGCACCCACAGCCGGGGUCUGGGAUCCCCGGAACAACGCCACUACGCACUCACCCUCAAUGGCGAAGGGUUUGCCCACAGUGAGCAGCUUGCAGUCCGCAUCAAUGGAUACCUCGUAAUCCAGUAGUGACUUGUCCAUGAUGAAGGCGUUGAGCUUGGGUGGGUCACUCCUGUGGGGCAGGAUGGCUCAAGGUCAGCAGGCUCUGAGGGGCAGGCAGACCUCUGACACCGCACAGUACCCCACAGACUCACGUGAGCAUAGCCACUCCGUGUGGAGUGGUGGGUGCGCUGUGGCGCCGCAUGUGUGCAUGCAUCUCAGGAAAGCUCGCCUUGAUGUAGGCCUCCGCGCUGCUCUCCCACACAGUGCCGAAGCGGAAUCCUUGGGAAGGGUGGUGCAGCUGCGGAGGAGGAGUGCUCAGCCAGCAGCCUGCGCCCCCCAACAGGGCUUGCUUGAUCGUGCAGAGACCUCGCACUAAGCUCAGAUUCAGUACCAUCAACUCUACAAAUGCUCUAUUGGGAACCCCAGAGACACGCCAAUUCUGCUCUCAUUCCCCACCCGCAGUCCUCACCUGGCCACGGGGCCAUCUACCACUUUGGUGCCUAGAGCAUCGGGCAGACCUAGUUGCAGGGGAGCACAAGGCUGGAGCAGGAUAUCCGCAGAACUUGACCAGCUACAUCCCAAAGAGGGGAGGAGCUGUGAGAAAUACCAUGAACUCCAAAAAUAUGAAAGGUGAAAUAAACCCACAUGGGCUUCAGCGUGCCUGUCA